CGGGGGAGUCGGAGAGAUUUUUCUGCUCGCGCUUUUUGAAUCUUUUAACUACGGAAGGAUUUCUCGUCAAACACCAAGCUACCCCAUCGCGGAAGAUUGACAACAAACAGUUAGGGGGAGCUGGCUAUAUUCAUACAGCAGAAGUCAAUUUUCUCGAAAAAGUGGACGGCCCCGCCCGCCCCUUUCAUCGUCUUCUGGCGCCACCGCCCACCCAACUUCGAAUGGUCGCCAUCAGUGUGUAAAUCAUUAUCAGCUCUCAGGUCCUGGCAGUAGGAGAUUAUAAAAAGGCACCUGUCCAAUUGGGACCGACGUUAGUCGAACGGAAGCCGCGACUGGGGGUGGUGGACAUUGGCGCGUAUUUUUCGAAUUUUUACAGCCAGUUCGGGGAAGUGUCCUGCGGGAAUUUUAAUUGAAGAAAAAAAAAACGGACGAAAGUUGACCUCCCAUUUUCGAAUUGAUAUUAAAAAUUGAAAGUGAGCUUCACAAAAAAAACGAAAAUCAACAAUGGUGUUCAAAAGUUGGCAAAAUUCAUUCGCUAUUUUCGGAACUACUGCGGCCAUUCUUCUAUUGACCGGUAGCACGGUCUGGGCCGAUGAAUGGCACUAUCCUACGCCAGAAUCGAAUGGUGUUAUCAAUGAGCCCGAGCAUUGGGGAGGACAGUGUGAUAAUGGGAGACGUCAGUCGCCGAUUGAUCUCACGUACCGGGCAGCUGUGCGGGGAGAUUUUUCACCCUUUCUCUUCAGCAACUACAUGAACCCGAUCCGGAACGCACGGCUGACCAACACCGGGCACUCGGUUCAAAUUGACAACAACGACACCUCGGUGACGAUGCUGGGAGGCGGCCUUCCGGGCAAGUUCAUCCUGGACCAGAUGCACUUCCACUGGGGAUCUGAACACACGAUAGCCGGCGUCCGUUACGCACUGGAGUUGCACCUGGUCCACCACGAUGCUCGCUAUGAUUCUCUGGCAGAGGCUGCCGCCGUCAAAAAUGCAGUUGCCGUCAUCGGGGUCCUGUUCCACGUGUCCAACCAGGACAACACCCACCUGGAUGUGGUUCUGGAAACCUCGAAAGACAUCCGGGACGAAGCCGGCAAGGCUUCGGCCCUCAAGGGCAAACUUUCCCCGCACAAUCUGCUGCCCCGGAAUCGAACUUCCUUCUUCCGAUACGAAGGUUCGCUGACUACGCCCACCUGUGCCGAGUCCGUCAUCUGGACCGUAUUCACCGAAAGCUUACCCGUUUCGCUGGAUCAGGUUGAACUGUUCAAAUCGAUUCACGACGCUUCCGGUCACGAGCUGGUCAACAACUACCGAUCCCUGCAGCCGCUGAAUGCUCGAGCCUUGGUCUACACCACCGAACUGGAUCCAGCUGGAGGUGAUGCUUCCGUUUUCCGGAUCUCGCUGGCCACCCUCAUCGGAGCCAUCUGCGUUUGCGUUCUGCGAUUCUCUCUAUAAAUGUUCAAAGAGAUAUCUUCGUAAAUAGAAAGAUUUUAGAAAACUCGAGGUGCUUAUAAAGCAGAAAACGUUAAAGCAAUCUACAAUUUACAGUCUUAAAAUGAGAGAUGCCUAAGUAAUGCCAAACCAACUUCGAAAGUGUGAUUAGAAUAUAACAAGAAAAAAACGAGAUGCUAUAUUAUAUUUAGUGUUUAGGAGUGGCCAAGCCGCGCAUCCCCCUCUUACUUAUGUAGUAGAAAACCAAAAACCAAAACGAGUACAGGAAAACUUCUGCGGCAAACUCCCGCAGAUGAGCAAUUAUCUAAGUAAUAGCUAAUAACUACAGAAAAAGUAACAAGCAUUUAAUGUUUCGAAUUUUAAAAAGAACGCUCAGAUUAUUAUCGUUAGAAGCUGCUCUGCCAAGGGUCCGAUAGAGAUUUAUGUACACAAAGAAGUGAUAAUGUAAGUGUUAGAGUUUAUUGUAUAGUUUUAG